GGUACGGUACCGGCAGCAUGACUGUCCAAGAUUUCGACAUUUCGACACACACUUACUUCUUGAUCUUGCGGGUCCAAGCGAAAGAUCCAGUGUCUGACACCACUCUUGAUUUAGGAGAGUUGACAAAGAAGUGGACAUUCCGAAAGAUCCCACAGAACCAACAACCCACCAACUACACAACCAUGUCCUCCUCUACGCCUACUAAUAGCAAUGCUAACAUUCCCCUUUGGUCGGCCGCGGCCGUGGGUUUUGUGAGUGGUAUGGUGUACGCCUCGUAUGCCAUGCGAUUGCGAGAUCGAGAACGACUGCGGAAUGCUUGCAGUCGCAUCCAAAAGCAUUUGUUGCCGCCACAACGAAUGGCAUUGGGACCCGUGCACUUGACGGCUCGAAAGGAAAAAGAGACUAUUCUGGUAGUGGGAGCGGGUGCUUAUGGCACCGCCAUGGCAUAUACGUGCGCCGCCAAUGGUCACAAGGUGGUGAUGCACAUGCGAGAUCCCCAACAAUGCGAGGAAAUCAAUACCAACUGUCGCAAUCCCAAAUACCUUUCCAAAUAUCCCCUCAAUCCAAACGACAAUGCCAUUACGGGCAUUUGCACACGCGACGAAUUGGCAAAAUACUUGGCCAUUCCCGGCAUUAUCGUCAUUUUGGCACUGCCCUGUCAAAAAACACCUCUUUGGAUUCAACAACACGCCGAUUUGAUUGGAGAGGAUGUCUUGCUCGUUAGUACCGCCAAGGGCUUGUACUUGCCCACACAACAAUUGGUUGGACACGCCAUUUUGGACGCUCUCAAUCGAGCUUCGCAACCCCUCUGUUUUCUAUCGGGUCCUUCCUUUGCCGAAGAAAUUGUGCAGGGAUAUCCCACCGCCGUCGUCAUUGCAUCGGAUCAACUCUAUCUCGCCAACAAAUUACAACGCAUCAUGAGCAAUGGCAAGACAUUUCGAGUCUACACCAGUCAAGAUCCCAUUGGCGUUCAACUCGGUGGAGCGCUCAAAAAUCCACUGGCCGUCGGUGCCGGCAUGAUUGCCGGAUUGGGCUAUGGGACCAACACACUGUCGGCCAGUGUCACUCGGGCCAGUCGCGAAUUGUGCGAUCUCGCCAUUGCCAUGGGCGGACAUCCCGAUACGAUUGAUGGAUUGAGCGGCAUUGGCGAUCUCAUGUUGACGUGUUUUUCGUCCCAAUCGCGCAAUCAACGCUGCGGUACGCGCUUGAUGAAAGGACAUGCCGUCGACGAUAUUCUCAAAGAUUAUACCGUCGAGGGAGUCCCCACGGCCGAUGUCGCCGUGGCAUAUGCCGACAUGUGCGGAUUGGAAUGUCCCAUUUUUCGAACCGUCCAUGCACUCAUUCACAAAACCAUUUCACCCGAACAGGCCGUCGUGUCGUUAAUGGGACGACCGCUCAAUCAAGAAACGACGCGUGCCAAUUACAUGUAGUGGAAUGCAAUGUACGGAGUGUAGUCCGCUCUGCCUGUUUUGGUUCUUGCAGAUACUUGAUUGUAUGCAUCCAUAGAGAUUGUAUGAUAAUAGCAAAAGAGUUUCUUCAUCG